GUGCAAAUGUAAAUACUCUUUCGAGUUAACCAUACAAACACGCCAACAACCGUGUACCACUUCUCCUCUCUCAACUAUCUUCAAUCUCUUUAAUCUUUCCACACAUAAAACAUUCUCAUAAAAAUAGAAAAUCAGAUUCAAUCUCAUAAUCCAAUUAAUUUCUCUUUUUUCUUGUUAAUUAAUUAAUACAUUGUGUUUCCACAAAACAAAAUGGAAAAGAAAAUCCUUGAUCUCAUAUUAGUCCCAAGUGGUCUCUUUGUAAUGGUCACAUACCAUUUAUGGCUUCUCUAUCAAAUUGUCAAACACCCCACCAAAACUGUUAUUGGUGUCAAUUCAAUCAAUCGUCGUUUAUGGGUUCAAGCUAUGAUGGAGGAUGUGUCCAAGAAUGGGGUUUUGGCAGUGCAAUCUUUGAGGAACAACAUAAUGGCAUCAACCCUAUUGGCUUCAACUGCAAUAAUGCUAAGUUCCCUUAUUGCUGUGUUAAUGAGUAGUAGAAAUGAAGAAAGAAGUGUUGUGUCAGUGGUUUUUGGUGAUAGAAGUGAGCUUGUUUUAUCAAUCAAGUUUUUCUCAAUAUUGGUUUGUUUCUUGUUAGCUUUCUUGUUAAAUGUUCAAUCAAUAAGGUACUAUAGUCAUGCAAGCAUACUCAUCAAUGUUCCUUUCAAGAAAUUGUCACCAAAUCUUAGGCAACAAAUGCUAACAGCUGAAUAUGUUGCAAACACAGUUAACCGUGGAAGCUAUUUUUGGUCACUUGGUUUGAGAGCAUUUUACUUCUCUUUCCCUCUUUUCAUGUGGAUCUUUGGACCUAUUCCUAUGUUCUUUUCUUGCUUUGCACUUGUUUUCAUGCUCUAUUUUUUGGAUGUUACAUUUGAAUGUGGUUGGGUUAAUGUUGGAGUUGAUGAGGAUGAUUGUGUUGAAGAUGAACUACACAAGCAACACCAUGUUGACAUGGAAUUACAAGAGCCGAUUAGAAAUCAGUCAAUUUGUAAUUAGGAGCGACGACAUAUUUGAUAGAUAAAUAAAAUCUAGAUGGAUGUAAUUAGGUUUAGAUUUUGAUAUAAUAGUUUUGCUGCCGCAAUAUCAGUUGAUUUUGAUGUAAUGAUUAUGCAAUUAUAAUACUGAUGACAUUAUUGGAGAAAAUAUAAUUUUGUUUGUUGGUUAA